GACAUCCUCGACCGAGUUCUCCUAGCUCCAAGAAGAAAAGGAAGGCUGGUCGAUUUUUAUUUUCAUGAAAGUCCUUGCUCGAUUUCGCCUCCGUCGACCCCAACUCAAUCUACGUUUCCUUUGCUCAUCUACGUCACUCCUUCGCAAGACCGACUCGAACCCUUCGCUGAGCCCCUCCGAUCGACCUCGACCGCGACCAAUUUUCUGUUGUUUUUUCUCCCAAACAAACGAUAAACAUCACCUCUAUACACUCUUACACGGUCCCCUGUUGCCGUCGCCACUAUCUGUAUCGUCCUCGCCGAUGCCCGGCACGAAGCUCUACCUUCCCUCCAACAUAGCAAGAGACAACACAAUAUAUACAAGCCAUGAGACCUAGCGGUCGACCCAACCUGCGUCGCAUAGCGGCUGGCUCCCGGGUUGGCUCUUUCCACGCCGGUGAGCCCAUGCCGAGCUUCGAAGGCGGUCGUCACGCCCGUCCUAUCAUCAGUCGCGAAUCCACAUAUCGAUACCAGACCUUUCCGCUUCCUUCUCCCAAGACUCCCGGUGCGCGGUCCGCGAGGCUAGGGGAUGAGGGCGUCUCCUCCGGCCGCCAGUCGCCCCACGAGGAGACCCCGCUACCUAUCCGCCAGCUUGGUCUCCUCGCCAUCCUCUCCCUCGCCGAGCAGACUGCCCUCAACUCCAUCUCCCCGUACCUACCUCAGAUGGUCGAGUCCUUCCCGGAGGUUGGAGAGAAUGAAGCCGGCCUCUACGUCGGUAUCCUCGCUUCCUCCUUCGCCCUCGCCCAGCUGUCCACCAACCUUCUCUGGGGCUACCUGUCCGACCUUGUCGGCCGGAAGCUCACCAUGGUCCUCGGUACCUUCCUCCUCAUGGGCUGUUUCAUCGCCUUCGGCUUCUGCCGGUCCUACUGGCAGGUCGUCGUCGUUCACGUCGCCAUGGGCCUGCUCAACGGCAACGCCGCCGUCGUCCCCACCGUCCUCGGCGAGGUCACCGACCGCUCCAACCAGAGCCGCGCCUUCACCUGGCUCCCCGUCAUCUACUCCCUUGGCAGCAUUACCGGCCCGGCCGUCGGCGGCCUGCUCGUCGGCAAAUUCGACCAUUCAUACCCGUAUCUCGCCCCCAACCUUGUCAGCGCCAUGCUGCUCCUUUUCAGCGUCGUAGUCGUGACCCUCUUUUUCGAGGAAACCCUCGAGAGCUUCGACGGGCUGCAUAUAGAGACAUGGGUUCCCCAAUGGCUUCAGAGGGCGUGGGCUAAGACUUGGCGUCCCUCGGAGCCGCCCCGUCGGAACAGUUGGAGCUCUCGCUGGCCCCGCCGAGGCGUGCGUCCUGUGAUCAGGUAUGACGACUAUGAUGAGGAAGACGACUUCGAUGAAGAGGAGGACCAAGACCAAGGGGAAUCACAUGAGUCUCGGGGACUUUUGCAUCCCAACACGGCGAAUGGAAACCCCGACGACGACAAGGAUGACGAGCACACCACGUGGCGCCAACUGCUCGACCGCAACACCGUCCUCGUUCUCCUUACCUACCUCGUCUUCCAGUUGGCCAACAUCUCCUUCAACGGCCUCUACCCCAUCUUCGCCGACGCCAAACCUCCUACCGGCCGCAACCUGUCGCCCGGAAUCAUUGGCACCAUUCUCAGCGUGGCUGGGGUGGCCACCAUCGUGUUCCAGGCCUUCAUCUUCCAGCACGUUAAGACGCAUCUGGGGAACCUCGGGACCUACCGCAUCGCUCUGUGCGGUCUUGCCGUCAGCAUGACCCUCAUGCCCUGGGUAGGCUACCGGGACGACGAACCACCUCUGGGCAUCGGCACGGGACAGGGUUGGCUGUACGCCGAGCUCGUGUCUGUCCUGAUCAUCAAGAAUAUCUGCGCUGUGGGAGGGCUGUCGUCCGUAAUGUUGCUGAUCACCAACUGCGCUCCGAACAACGGCACGCUCGGCACGCUCAACGGAAUGGCUCAGAGCUUGUCCGCUGCCGGUCGCAGCGUUGGUCCUUUCCUGUCCGGCGCCCUGUUCACGCUUUCCAUGGAUGUGCAACCGAAAGGGGAGGCUCUUGUCUGGGGCAUCUUCGGCGGUGUUGCCUUUGUGGGCUGGCUCUGUUCCAUGCUCAUCAAGAACAGAGGGCUCGAAAGCGAUGACUGGGUGGGGAACGAGGACGACGAGGACGACGACUCGAUAGACGACGAAAGCCAGUUAUAGGGUGCCCUUCGCGCACAGAAACCGACUGAGUUCCAUUAUUGGGAUGUACUUUUAUAAGGGAGGAAUUGAAACGAGACGUGUCUCUGUACGCAUUUGCUUUACACGGCGUUUGAACCGGGAAGGGUCAAGAAACAGGGCUUUGCAAUACUGCCUCUGGAUAGAAAGGCAUGUGCAGUCGCAGGGGGUUAUGGGUUCGAGGCCGGACAGCGAUAAGGACACAGGAGUAAGUGAUGGCGCUCGGUGUUGGACAGUAUACAGGAUAUACAAGACCCCUUUUUUUUCUCUUUUUUCUUCUUCUCAUAUCUUUGUUUCCUCUUGUUUUUUUGCGUAUUUUACUUUCGCAUUUUCGUCUCCGUACACAGUACUCAGUAGGACCCUCAACCCUCAACAGCUACGACGCCGAGACCGCAGCAAC